AUCUAGUUGGGUCUAUUAUUUUAGGCGCUUCCUGUUUCAAAGUCCAACUGGGUUUUACGAGAAUAUUACAAUAUCUUAGUUUUUUAUAUUUAACGUCGUGUGCGUGGAAAAGAGAGUGUGUAUGAGUGUGUGUGUGAGCUGCAGACAGACAUGCAGCAGGCUGUGGAGUCUCUGGUCCAGCUCCUGGAGUCCUACAGAGGAAGAGAUAAAGUUAUCAGGACGUUUUGCUAUGGCUCCCAGCUCGUUGGAGGAGUUCUUCAGGCAGGAGCAGUCGUGUCGUCCCACAGCCUCGGGAAAAGUCUGCUCCUGUUUUCUGCUCAGCUCAGCCAAUGUAGGACAAUGCUGAGGCUGUUUGAUGAUCUCUCCAUGUUGGCCUACACCCACAGCUACGGGUUUGGAGCCAGGGAGGGGGACUCAUGUCUGCGUUGGAUUUCUGUGCUAAACAAUGUGGCAGACCAGCUCUAUUACCCAUGUGAACACAUCGCAUGGGCCGCCGACGCUGAGCUCAUCAAAGUGAGAUCCGCUGAGUGGUGGCUGUUCAGCACGGUGCUGUGGGGACUCUCGCUGUUGUUGGGAAUACUCAGGUCAUUUCGAAUUCUGCUGCUGCUGACGAAGAAGCUGAAGAGUUGUGGAAGACACAGAGCUGACAACAGUCACUCUCAGAUCCACAAACAGAUGCGAGGUGAGGUUCUCUCCAUUCUCAGCAAAAUGGCCGAUCUGAGUAACUCCAUUCACUGGAUGCCGCCUGGCUUCCUGUGGGCUGGUCGAUUUCCCGUUUGGUUGGUGGGACUGAUGGGCACAAUCUCAUCUGUGAUUGGUUUGGUCCAGGCAAAUGCUGGCAACAGUUCCUAAACAUAAAUAGAUAGAAACUGAUUAUGAGAUGCUUUUAUCAGCACUGAGUGAAUAUGCAUGUCGAUGUAUAUCAGAGGUAAAUCCUGAGUGACAAGAUGUGUAGCAGGUGUAGGAAAUGUUAAAUCACAUUCAUCUGGAUCUGUAACGGUUAUGUAAGCGGAUAAACAUAAUAGUCUUGCAGCCAGUUAUCGGAUGUGACUGAAAGGUUCAAGGUUUUUAAAGUAAUAGACAACUUUAUUCAUUUGUAUCAUAAAAUAUAUAAAUAAUUAAGCAGCAGCAGGUUCAUCUUGUCACUGUUAUUAAGUAUUAAAUAAACAAAUACUUUGAAAGAGUCAUAGUGUACAAAAAAUAGAUCAGUCUUCAAUGACUCAAAGUGCAAAGUUUAUUUAGAACACACUUUUGAUGUGUGAGGCAAGUUUAUAUCCUACUGUGGUUAUUACUUGGAUUCAUAUUUGAAUCUAUCCCAUAAUACCUCCUGCUUUUUCAACACUGUUUAAAAUAUAGCUACUUUGUCUGGGAAAGCAAGUCUUAUGCCUGAGCAGCACAAGAUCCAUUACGGUGUGUGGAUUUGUUUGUCUUAGAUUUUCCAAAUCUAUGUAGUGACUUUUGGAGAAAUACAAUGACAAGAUGAUUUAUUAUUUUCCCCCUAGACACACUCCAUACAUCUAAUGUGAUUUACAGUUAUUCAUAAACUCUUAAUUUAUUAUCAUGAUUUUGUUAUUGUACAUGUUGAAUGAGCUGUUACGAUGUUGUCACAUGAAAUUCUUCUUCUUCUGUCACUGUGUAAUCACCAAGUGCUGGUUUAAGCAUAUCAGUUCCCAAAACUUGUACUACAGGUACAGGUUUUUUAAUUUUCCUGUGGAAACUGAACUUAUGGCUCAACAAAUGGAACAGAAGAUAAUUGUAAACUGAAUGUUAAAUAUUUUGAAUCAUGUAAAAA